AUGGCCAACAACCAGGCAGCCCCGCGCAAGGGCGACACCACAUCCGCAUCCGCCGUGCGCCGCGACAAACCUGCCAAUGCCGACAACACGACCGAAUACACCUCAGUGGGAGUCAAAGACAACAACAUCUUCCACCUGGGAAGCACCGACUGGGAACUGCUCGGCGGAGUCACGCUCCUGGCAUUGUUCAUCCGCCUGUUUCGCAUCUACCAGCCCACCAGCGUCGUCUUCGAUGAGGUGCACUUUGGAGGCUUCGCUAGCAAAUACAUCAAGGGUCGCUUCUUCAUGGAUGUUCACCCUCCCUUGGCCAAAUUGCUCAUCACCCUCGCCGGCUGGCUGGCUGGCUUCGACGGCAACUUUGACUUUAAGGACAUUGGCAAGGACUACCUCGAACCCAAGGUCCCCUAUGUCGCCAUGCGCCUGCUGCCCGCCUUGUUGGGCGUCUUGGCCGUGCCCACCAUGUACCUCACCCUCAAGGCCAUGGGAUGUCGCACCACCACCGCUGCCCUGGGAGCCGGCCUCUUGACCUUUGAAAACGGCUUCGUGACCCAGUCGAGGCUCAUUCUCUUGGACUCCCCCUUGAUCAUCUUCACCGCUCUGACCAGCUUGUCCUGGUUCUCCUUUAUCAACCAGCAUGAAUUGGGCCCCAAGUACGCCUUUAAGCCGAGCUGGUGGUUCUGGCUGGCCGCGACCGGUCUCACCUUGGGUGCUACGGCCAGUGUCAAGUGGGUCGGUCUCUUCACCAUCGCCUGGGUCGGAUCUCUAACCGUCCUCCAACUCUGGGUCCUCCUCGGAGACACCAAGAACGUCACCACACGCGUCUGGUUCAAGCACCUCUUCGCGCGCAUCUUCUGUUUAAUCAUCAUCCCCGUCACCUUCUACAUGGCCAUGUUCGCCAUUCACUUCAUCUGUCUGGUCAACCCCGGCGAUGGCGAUGGUUUCAUGAGCAGCGAGUUCCAGUCGACCCUCAACUCCAAGGGAAUGGCAGACGUCCCCGCCGACGUGGCCUUUGGCUCGCGCAUCAGCCUGCGCCAUCACAACACCCAGGGUGGCUACCUCCACUCCCACGCCCACAUGUACCCUACAGGAAGUAAGCAGCAGCAAAUCACCCUCUACCCGCACAAGGACGAGAACAACGUCUUCAUCGCCGAGAACCAGACGCAGCCAAUCGACUGGGCUGCCGAUCCCACCGGAAACACGAGCGUUGCGGGACCUCUGGCAUGGGACAACUACGACCCGGAGUGGAUUGUCGAUGGCAGCAUCAUUCGUCUCUAUCACGUCAAUUCCGAUCGCCGCGUGCACUCUCACGAUGUCCGCCCACCCGUCACCGAGGCCGACUGGCAGAAUGAGGUCUCGGCGUAUGGCUACGCAGGCUUCGAAGGAGACGCCAACGAUCUCUUCCGGGUGGAAAUCGUCAAGAAAAUGUCCGAUGGAAAGGAGGCCAAGGAGCGACUUCGCACCAUCCAAUCCAAGUUCAAGCUCGUCCACAUCAUGACCGGCUGCACCCUCUUCUCCCACAAGGUCAAGCUCCCCGACUGGGGUUUCGAGCAGCAGGAAGUCACCUGCGCCAAGGGCGGUACGCUCCCCAACAGCAUCUGGUACGUGGAAUCCAACAACCACCCCAAGCUGGGAGAUACGGCCGAAAAGGUCAACUAUCGCAACCCGGGCUUCUUCGGGAAGUUCUGGGAACUUCAGCAAGUCAUGUGGACCACUAACGCCGGUCUGGUGGAAUCGCACGCCUGGGACUCUCGCCCUCCAUCGUGGCCCGUGCUCAAGAGAGGUAUCAACUUUUGGGGCAAAGACCAUCGCCAAAUCUACCUCAUCGGGAACCCGCUCAUCUGGUGGGCAAGCACCGCUGCGAUUGGACUGUACAUUGCAUUCAAGGGAUUGGCGGUGCUGAGAUGGCAGCGCAGCUGUGGUGACUACCAGCACGUCACCUUCCGUCGCUUCGACUACGAAAUCGGCAUGACUGUCUUGGGAUGGGCAUUCCACUACUUCCCCUUCUACCUCAUGCAGCGCCAGCUGUUCUUGCACCACUACUUUCCCGCGCUGUACUUUGCCAUCCUCACUCUCUGUCAGGUCUUUGACUUUAACUUUGCUCGCAUGAAGAUUGGAUCUUUCACGCUGAGAGACAAGCCCUGGGCGGGGAUGACCGCCGCGACGGUGUUUUUAGGUCUCAGUGUCGCCGUCUUUGCGYUGUAUGCUCCACUUACAUACGGUGGGCAAUGGACGAAGAAGGAGUGUUCACGGGUCAAGUUGUUUGAUACGUGGGAUUGGGAUUGCAACACCUUUUACGAUUCGUACGCGGAGUACUCGCUCGCAGUACCCAGUGCCUCCGGCCCAGCUCCCACCGGGCAAGCUGCUGUUGGAGGUCCCGCGCCUCCUGUUGCUGAUGACCCUCAAAAGGAUGUGGUCGUAACUCCAGGAGCAAAUGGUGGAGCCAUCACGGAGGAGAAGGUUGAGUAUCGCGAUGAGGAUGGUAACCUUCUCGAUGAGGCGCAGGUCGCUGCGCUUGAGGGCAAGGUCUCAUUUUCAACACGGUAUGAGACCAGGACUAGGAUGAUUGACCAAUACGGAAAUGAAGUCAACGAUGAAGGAUUCGUCGAAAAGGGCGAGGACGUCGAGGCCGGAACCAGGGCGGAUGGCGUGGACCCAGAGACGAGCGGGCAGUUGGAUGCUGGAGAUGUGAAGACCGCACCCGCAGCCGCGGGAGCUGUGGAUGCCGACGUUGAAAAGGAAAAGAUUGUCGCAGACGCGCAGGCCACUGCUGAAGCAGAGGCUGACGCGGCCAAGGCUACGAAGGACGAGUUGUGA